CUCAAAGAACGAAGGAGAUCAAGACUAUUCGCUGCUCAAAGAAAUGGCGAUAUCUUUACCUCAAUGGGAACUUGUAGAAUAUGAUCAAAUUAAAAUGAUGCUCAACCUGCCAGUGGACCAAGUUCAGUUACAGUUUGAGGAUAUACCUGACUUCAAAAACCACCAAACAUGUUUGAAAGAAGCAGCGCUGUUGGAUUAUUUUGUCAAUGGAUUUUGGUGGGCCAAAGAGAUGAAGUUCACUUGUCGGCAAAUCUCAUUUGUCAUGGCACUUUUACAACAAUCACUUGACAACAUAAAAAAUCGACAGUUAUCAUUUACUGAUAAUUUCAAGGCAUUUACCCAGACAGUGCUUGCUACCAGGCUGUCACCAUCAACAGAGGCUGAUACCAGUCAUUUAUUUGAUGCUGAUCAAAUCAGAGCCAUCGCAGAUUACUUCAAGACCAGUCUUUUCCAGCACUACCGACUAUAUGAAAUACUGUUCACUCACCCAAGGGAGGAACAACUCUUGGGAAUGGAGAAAAGUGUUGAGGUGAUCAACCCAGUUGACUAUGCCACCCCUCUGGAAGAGGGCAUGCCCGCUGAUCUGUACUUCCAUUAUGUGGCUCCCUCAUGUGUCGAAACACCUGAGCAGGGCUCACUGGAAUCUCACGAGGAGAAUGGAGAAGAACCUGGAAAGACUGAAAUGGAAGAAAGUGACGAGAAUCAUGCAGACUUCAGUGUGAAAGAUGUUCGAGAGGUGCUGGGAGAAAUUACCCAGGACAUGUUAGCAAAACUGCAGGCCGACUUCACAGAGAAACUGCGAGUUCAUGAGGAGACCUACAUAUCGAGGUUAGAACGACUUCAAAAAGUGUCAGACAAAUAGCACAGACGAGAAGCAAAAAGGAUUUCCCACCAGUAUUUACCAAUUUAAUCGAAAACCUUUCAAA